GCGCACAUUCCGCUUGUUUUCUUUUUCUUUCCUUCUCCUCUCAUCUAGGGUUUCCCUAAUCCCAGCCGACACCAUGCCACCCCGUCCUCCAGGCAGCCUCGGCCGCGGCCGCGGCCGCGGGCUCGGAUCCCCCGUCGCCAACCCCGUGCCAACCAGUCUCGGCGCCGGCGGCCGUCACCUUCCGCGCCACCGCGUACUGCACUUUGAUGUUCCCAUCAUCAACGGGCGAGAGAUUAUUUCAGUCGAUUCGAAUGGGCCACUCACCGCAGCUCGUUCUAGCUCGGACGACGGGCCAGUGAUCUUUGUGGACGUAGAUAUGGACGGGAGCUUCUUGACGGACCAUGAUAUUCCUGGCGAACCAUUUGAAAGCAUGGACCAACUCAUCCACGCGGCCAGUGUCCACUUGCUCGUCGCCUCCUGCUGUGAUCUGUCUCGAUAUGAGGGAGGCACUGCAUCUUCACAGAUGCCUGUUUCAGAACUCCAGCAUCUCCACUAUGAAGCAACCUGUGAUCAGCCCUGCGAGGCGGAGGAUCAUGCGCCUGCAUGCUCACAAACACCACCUUGGAAGCGGAAGAAAGUAGAUUUAUGGCAUGGACAGGACCUCUCAUCCUCGAAGGACUUGCUCAACACUAUAACAUUGCAGGAAUCAUCCACUGCGACUUCCUCGUCCUCUGUGCAGAUGCAGGCUCAGCCUUGGUGCUGUCUUUCAUCAUCACCUAUUUGGACAUUGGCCCAGUUUGAUUGGGGAAUCAUAUUUUUCACCAGGGUCGACCUGAAGGGUUCUUUCCACACAAAUCCUCAUGUGGGUGGGUCAUUUCAGAGCUUACAGGAUGCUUACAAUGCUAUCGACCUUUAUCUAAAGGAACAUCAGGAUCCAACAAUGUUCACUGGUGUUUCUCGACUGGAAAGGGUAGUAAGGCUAUCUCUUAACUAUCCUGAUGGCACAAGGAAGAAGCUUUUGGAAUCGCAACAAAUGGAUGAAAGGCGUGAUUGGAAGCGCCAGUUGGUUCAAACUUUGGUGGACAAGCAUAAUGAUUACCACCAUCUUUCAGGGGAUCUUGCAUAUGAACUCAAAGAUGUUGUGUGCUUGAAAUCAGUUGCUGGGGGCAAUGGCCAUAGGUACUAUCAUAUCAAUUUGACUAUGAAGACUAAAGGAGCUGAUGAUUCUAACUGUGGUGGCGGAGAUCUUUUCUUUGCUGAGUUCAAAAUCAAGGGGGGAGAAUAUGUAGAACUGGUGGUCAGCUGUUUCUGCAUGGUUGAACCUACUGACAACGGUCAUUGCUAUGGUUGUGAUGUGAAGCACCCCAACAAUUCUGCUGCAUAUACUGGCGCCAAAGCUAGCUCUCAGUGUGUAUGUUCUCUGUUUGGUAAUAUGGGAUUGCCGGUCCGCGACGAAAGCUUGGAAGAGGAGGAAAGAAGGGUAAGGCGUUUCUACGAGACCCAGGGUCUCGAUGAUCCGGAUUUCGUGGAGAAAGAGAGACCGAGGGCACAGAUACCAGUCAAACCAUUCAGCCCUGCUGAUUGUGUGCUUGAAUAUCGGGCCGUGCCAACUACGAGGGAAGACUAAGUUAAGUAGGGCGCUCAAGUGGAAGGCUAUGGAAUCCCUUUUGAACUUUCAUGUGACUGAAGGAACAUAGUACUGUACAGUAUGUUUUAGACCUUUAGUGUUAAGCUUGUCAGGCUGUAGGCUCAAGUAUGUUCUGUUGCUAAGACACCAAAAGGGAAAGGACGUUUGGCUUGAGAUGUUAGUGGUUGCUCAUCAGAAUUGGAUCCAGAGACAA